AUGCGAAUAGAUAGUACCACCAUACUAUUCAUCAUCCUAAUACUCUUUCUCCUAUUCUCAGGCCCAGAAAACGAUGUCAUCUCUUCAGAAUACGAAUUCAACCAACUCGAAUUGUUGAAAUCACAAUUCCAUCAAGAAUAUCAAUCCUUCCAAUCAAUGGACCCAUCAACAAAUUUCAAAAACAUAACUGGUUUCAAACUAAGUUAUCAAGACAUUUUACAAAACAACUCCAUAAACGCAACUUACCCAAUCCCAAAUAAACCAUAUGACGAUUGGCAACUCUCCCAACGAGAUUUACUCCUCCCUCAAGAUAUUAUAGAUAAAAUAACUUCCGACAUUUGGAACGCUUCUUCUUCCGAUAUAUACCCUUUCAAUAUCACUUCCACUCUUAUAGGUGAUUUGAAUGUCAUAGCAAAUAACUAUUCCAUGAUACCAAUGCCCAUUGCCAAAUUCUAUGAUCCUUCUGAUGAUUUAUCAUCCACUCAUCCUCCAACCGGUGAAAAAUUAAUCCAAGAUUGGCCCACUUUUGGUGAAGUUCAUAACGUCACCUGGCAAAACGGUGAAGUUAGAAUCAGAAUAGAUCCAUUGAAUUACCAAUCUCCUUCACCCAAUGCCAAAGAAAAAGUUUAUUUCAAUUCUCAAUCAGAUAAAUGGAAAUUCCUAACUGUUUUAAUCACGUUUUCCGAUCAUUUGGAACAUGAAAGACAUAUCAUCGAUUCAAAAGCUAUUUAUGACAUCACAAACGGGAGGAUCUUGUUGAUGACUCAAAGUUCCAAAUUCCAUUCCAUAUUCGCAUACCCUCAUAUAUUUUUUUCAAAUACCAAAGACCAUGAUCACGAAUCGUUUAAUCAAGUGAAAAAAUUAAUCGAUGAAUUUUGGUCUGUUUCAAAUUAUUCUCAAGCUUUAACGUUUGGGAAUUUCCAAGAUUUAUACGACAAUGCAAUCACAAAAUGUGAAUAUAUGGGGUUUUUCCAAUUAAAACCAUGGUCCCAUUAUACAAAAGAUCAAUUGAAAAUCAUUGAUGAUGAAUUACAAUUCCCCAUUGGAAGACCCACAAACUUAUCUCAUUUACCCUUAGUUUCCAUCUCCAACGGGUUAUUAUUCUCUCCAGAUUGUGGUAUUAGAAUGGAAAUGUCCAAUGUCCAGGGGAAAAGAUAUGAAUUACAAACAAGACAAAGAAGAAACCAUCUUUUGAUCGGUGCCCUUCUUUAUGCCUGUGAAAUUUAUCUUUUAUUAUUACAAAUGAAUAAUACAAAUACUCCCUCCAAUAUCAAUAAAUUAUCGUAUUAUACAUUUUCCAUGAUUAAUCUAGUAGAUGGUUCAUUGGGGAUCGUAUAUUUCAUCAUGGCAGGUGUUCUACCAGAUUUAUACCUAUUAUUAUUGAUUAGUGCCUUUUUAAUGUUUAUUUUGGCUUCUGUUUUUGAAACAAGAUAUUUGAUAUCCAUUUAUGCUUCUCAAAUCAAUGAAAGAAACGUCAAUAUCAUUACUUUGAUGAGAGGUGGUUCCUCAUUUCAAAUGGAAACAACUGCACCUAUCGUGGUGGAUGAAUCUCAAAUCAGUAAUUCUCUAUAUGGUAGAUUUUUUUUCCAAUUAUUAAUUUUCACAUUUUUAUUAAUCGGUUCUACAACUUGGCCAAGAAGAAUGAGAAUGGGGUUUGAAUAUAUAACUUUGUUUAUUUUAAAUUCUUAUUGGAUCCCACAAAUAUUUAGAAACGCAGUAAAGGGUAUCCCAGCAAGAAAUUCCACUCUCAAUUCAACUUCUCCUACAAGAACUCCACGUAGAAUCAUGUUAUGGAAAUUUAUUUUGGGAACAAGUUUCAUUAGAUUAAUGCCAUUAUUCUAUGUCUUCACAUACUCUUCCAACGUUUUCAUGCAUCAUAAAGAUAUUAAAUUUGCCAUUUUCAUUUCAAUUUGGUUACUUUUACAAAUUUUAGUUUUAUAUUCUCAAGAAUUAUUUGGUUCAAGAUGGUUUUUACCAAUUCAUGUUAUUCCUGAUGGUUAUCAAUAUCAUAAAUCUGUAUCCAAUGAAUUAUUGUUGGAACAUGGCACAAAUAAAAAUCAUACAGUAGAUUGUACUAUUUGUAUGAGUGAAGUUCCCGUUUAUAUUCAAGAUAUCGAAGAAACUCAUAAUAUAGACAAAGAUACCUAUAUGAUUACUCCAUGUAAUCAUAUCUUCCAUACUACCUGUUUAGAAAAUUGGAUGAGUUAUAAAUUACAGUGUCCAGUCUGUAGAGCUCCAUUACCUCCUCUAUAG